CCAUGAUGAGCAGAGGGAAAUCGCUGACUGACGUCCUUGUGCAGAGAUUGGGCAAUAUUCUGUCGUAUGAAGGCUGUUAUAAAAAUCAAGGAAGCAUUGAAGAUCAGUUUCAAUUGGAGAUGAUUCCGUUUCUUUGUUAAGGAAAUAGCCAUUUGCUCAAAGCUUUUCUGUUCUUCCUCUUAGAUUUUUGUUUUGUGCAUCUGUGUUUGAGCACCAAAAAAACCGAGAGAAAUAAAUCAAACAAGGGCCUCCAGAUCUACUUUGUAGCUUUCUGGCUAAUGUAUUUUAGUUUUUCCCCUGAUACUGGUGAUGGAAAACCAAAGCAGUGACCUGCUUCAAAGUGCUCUUGACGACCUUCUUCAGGAAGACUUCAAACGAUUUAAAGACAAACUAUCACACUCUGACUUUGAGGGGAAAGGUACCAUCCCCCGAGGUCGGCUGGAGAAUGCCGACAGGACCGAUAUGAAGAACCUCCUGAUGGCAUUCUAUGGUGCAGCGGCUGCAGUGGAUGUAACUAUAGACGUUUUCACUCAGAUCAGCUUCAGAGAGGCUGCUGCAAAACUCAGAGAAGAAAGAGAGAAAGGUGCUGUGGGAGCUGCAAGUGGCCAUACCUGCGGAUGCUCAGAUUACCAGAAAAAAUAUAGAGAUCAUAUACAAGAAGAAUACCAAGUAAUAGAAGACAGGAAUGCUCGCCUGGGUGAACAUGUGAGUCUAGACAAAAGAUACACAGAACUGCUUAUUGUAAAAGAACAUCGGCAGCGGGAGGAGAGAGAACAUGAAAUAAUCACCAGAGGAAGGAGACACGCAGAGUUGAUGGCUCAGCGAACCAGUCACACUAAGAUUAGUGUUUUAUUUGAUCCCGAUAGAAGUCGACAAAGCCCAAGAACUGUUGUGUUGCAGGGAGCUGCUGGAAUUGGGAAAACAAUGACAGCAAGAAAGAUCAUGUUGGACUGGGCAGCUGGAAAACUCUAUCAGAAAAAGUUUGAUUACGUUUUCUAUAUAAAUUGCAGAAAAAUAAAUCUUUUUACUGAACAGAAAAGUGUUGCUGAUUUGCUUUUAGACAAUUGUCCUAACAGAAAAGGACCAAUUAAAGAAAUGUUUGAGAAGCCAGAAAAACUCCUGUUCAUAAUAGAUGGUUUUGAUGAGUUGAGUUCCUUGCUAGAUAUUGAUGAAGUCGGUCUGUGCACUGACCCAUUUGAGAAUAAGCCAGUGAAAACCGUACUGUGCAGUUUACUGAGAAAGAAAGUUCUUCAAAAAUCCUUCUUACUGAUCACUACAAGACCAACUGCUCUGGAGAAACUACAGCAGAAUUUGAAAUUUCCAUGUUAUGCAGAGAUAAUGGGAUUUUCUGGAGAAGAGAGGAAAGAAUAUUUUCAUAAAUUCUUUUGUGAUGAAAAGAAAGCAACACAAGCCUUUAAUUUUGUCAAAGAAAAUGAAAUGCUCUUCACCAUGUGCUUUGUCCCCAUUGUGUGUUGGAUCAUCUGCACGGUUAUGAAGCAACAGAUGGAAAAAGGGGAAGAUCUUUCACAAACUUCAAAAACAACCACAUCGGUAUAUUUGCUCUUUCUGUCCACUCUGCUAACUGAUCAUUUUGCUAACUCAAUGCAACAGUCUAAAACUACCCUGUGGAAUCUUUGCUCAUUGGCUGCAGAUGGAAUUUUAGAACAGAAAAUACUGUUUGAAGAAGGUGACCUGAAGAAACACAAUUUAUCCUUGUGUAAGAUUCAGUCUCUCUUUCUGAAUAAAAAUAUUUUUCAAAAAGAUACAGAAUGUGAAAGUGUCUACAGCUUCAUUCACUUGAGUUUCCAAGAGUUUUUUGCAGCUCUGUUUUAUAUGCUGGAGGAAAAUGAAGAGAAAAUGAAAAAAUCUUUCUCUUCUAAGAAAGAUGUGAACAACUUGCUAAAAAUUUAUGGACCAUCUAAAAAUAAUUAUUUGAUGGUAACAGUACGUUUCUUGUUUGGUCUCUUAAAUAAAGAGAGACUAAAUGACAUGGAGAAAAAAUUACAUUGUAAAACAUCAUCUGAAAUAAAGCUGGAUUUAUUGAAGUGGUUUGAAGUAGAAGCUAAAAAAAUCUCCUCUCUACCCUAUAAGACCUAUGAGGAACUGCGUGACCAGCUUGAGUUGUUUCACUGUUUGUAUGAAAGUCAGGAAGAAGAGUUUGUGAAAAGUGCAAUGGAUAAUUUCCAAGAAAUUAGAUUGGAACACAUCAGGCUUACAACAAUGGAUGAAAUUGCUCUUUCAUUCUGUGUAAAGAACUGUUGUAGUAAGCAGUCACUUUACCUAUGUAAUUGUACUCUUGGGAUUGGAGAACGAGAAGAAGGAUGGAUAACAAAGCUACGGAAAUGGUUAUUUCCUCUGAACCCACUGAUGAAGGAUCCGAGAACUUCAACUGCAUACACAUUGUUGCAAGGACUCAAGGAUCCAAACUGUAAACUGAAGACAAUAUCCUUGUCCAGCUGCAAACUCUCAUCUGCUUUCCCUGAGGACCUCUCUCGUAAGACCCUCUUUACAAACUGGUCCCUGGAAAAGCUGGAUCUGAGUGCCAAUACACUGGGAGACUUAGGACUGAAACAUCUGUGUGAGGGACUGAAACAUCCACUCUGUAAACUGCAGAUACUGCUGUUGUGGCAGUGCCGUCUCACAGCUGCUUGCUGUGGGGAUCUCUCUGAGGCCCUCAGUGCAAACGAGUCCCUUACUGAGCUGGAGCUGAGUGGGAAUGAACUGGGAGAUUCAGGAAUUAAACUUCUGUGUAAAGGACUGAAACAUCCCAGCUGUAAACUGCAGAAAUUAGUGGUUUGGGAUUGCCAUCUGACUGAUGCUUGCUGUGGAGAUCUCUCCUCUCUGCUCAGCACAAACUGGUCCCUGAGAGAGUUGAACCUGAGCGGCAAUAACCUGAGUUAUUCAGGACUGAAGCUUCUGUGUGAAGGACUGAAACAUCCAAACUGCAAGUUAGAGAAGCUCGAUUUGUCAGAAAUCCACAUAGAUGAAAAAACAACCAAAAAAUUGGAAGUUUUGCAGAAGAUAAAACCUGGUUUGUCAAUUGUGCAUAAUGCAGCAUCCAGCCAUCAGAACCCGGGUACAAAGACAAGGAGGAUGGAAUGUCUUCUAUCUAAGCGUCAUACAUUCAUCUGUAGACUAAUGUCUUGGAGUUCAGAAAUGAUGUGGAAUAUUUUUGUGAUGCACUGUCAGGAGGUUGGACUUGUUCUGCUAUUAAGCAUUGCUACAUAUUGGCUUCACUGGUUGAUAAAAGGCCAUAUGGAGGAUUAAGAAAUCAUAGGUGUUAAUGAGAGACGACAGGUUAAUUCCCCUAAGCCAUCAGGGGUCUAUGCUGAAACAGAAUCUCUACUCUGUACAUUGAGGACUCCAUUUUUCAGUUCAAGCAACUCUUGCUGAAAGCUUCUUCUUUGCCUAGCUAAACUUAAAAUGGCCAGAGAGCUACAAAGCUUAUGUGGCAAGUCCCUUGCUUAGAGUCCCAGAGAGAAUGGUGAGGCUCCAGCCUGGUUCAGGCCUCUAGGUGCUAUUGUAAUAUAAUCAUAAAAACAACACAAGAGAACCGGACAUUUCUGUAACCUUAAAUGCCAGUUCCAGGAGACACGAGCGGAGAGGCUGUUCUCAAUUUAGUCCUAGCUGACUGAAAGAAGUUGGUUCAGGUAGUGACAGUGACCACAACACUGCGUGUAACAUCUUUAGGGGAGAGAUUCUGCCAGAACUAUCUGGAUGACACUGAAAUUUGGAGGGAGUGAGGUUGUUAAAAAUGGGGAAGCUCACAGUAAAGACCCUACAACCAAAAGUGAGGGAAUUACAAUCCUUAGCUUCAGCAUGGAGGUUACUCACCUAUACCACAGAGCUGCAGAAGGCGUGCACAGCCCUAAACCAGAAAGGAAGCAGGAAGGGUUAAAUGGCAAGAUUCAAGAGGUUAUUCAAACUAAACAAGCCAACUUCCAACUCCAGUGAAGCCAAUGGGCAGGAACAUAAAAUAUGGCAGGUGAAUGUUAUAAUUGGCAUUUGGAGGGUUUCGAGAGACUUUAAAGAGCAGUUAGCCAAAGAGAAACGGUCCUUCAGUACAUGGAAAGCAGGAAGCCUGUGCUGGAAUUAGUGAGCCCCUGGACUUUCAGGGAGUAACGGGAAUGAUUCAAGAGUACAAGGACAUUGCAGAGGGAUUAAGGCCUUAAUCCUAAAUGUUUGUAGGAUUGGGAAAAAAUCAUUUAUUAGUAUCAGUCGUCACUGUGACAGAGAUUGCAACCGGAUGCAGCAUCUUUGGGGACCAUAUUGUAUUAAGGUUGUGAAUGGUUUAUGUAUCACUGUGGGCCAAGGAUUGUAUGCAACUCGCAGCUGCUCCAGGAACUACAAUCAGUGGGGUGUACGGGGGGGUCAUUAAGGUGAAUCACUCAGGCUGUAAAAACAUCCAGAGAGGUCUCAACCCCUGGGGAGGACUGAAUCUACUGACACCAACAGGGUUUUUCAGAGACCAACAGACAAGGAAAGGGCUUUUGGCAUCAAAAGGCUGAGUCUGAACUGAUCCAGCCUUCUUUUUCCUUCUUUUGAUCCAGCAAAUGGACAGGGCUUUCUGCCCGAGGGGGCACCAACCCUUGCAGAAGGGUUGGAAAGACUUGGGCUUACUAGGACUGAGGGAGGUGAGGGCUGGGAGCCUGAAACUUAAGUGGGUGCCCUCGAGGAAGACCAGGAGGGGGAUCAAAGGUGCAGUUGUCUCUGAAACUGUGACAUACCUUAUACACAGAAAUAAAGAGUUACCUAAUUCCUCUUCAAUUCCUGGGUCUGUUUGUUGCACAAGUACUGAUAUCAUGGAACCAUGCCCACUCUUGGUGCUAUGCCAUACUGGCAUCGGGAGUGUAACCAGCACAGUACAAUGAUUUUCAUCCAGGUUUUGCAGAAUUAGCAAGUUAUUGUUGACCAGUGGCAAUCGAACACCAAAUUUGAAACUCUUUAUUCUUAAAAGUGACAAUUGUGACAUGUUUCUCUUUUCAGGUCUCUGCUCCUUUUGAAAGACAGAAAUGAAUCCUUCAGGCACCUGGGCAGGCUGCAGAUCUGCACAUUUCUGAAUCUCAAAGCAGUCACCUCACUGUACAAGUUCAUUGUAUUAUGGCAGUAAUAUAGCUAGCUCAGAUUUCUUUCAGCUGCAUCCAUAUUAGGAAAUCUCCCUAUUCAUGGAGUAGCUUAAAAUUCACUUUAGCUGUUGAAUUAAUUCUAAAGUUCCCACAGAAAUAUUAAUGCAGAAUAAUAAUUAAUAAAUACUUAAUACUUAAUAAUAUGCUCAUAACUUGCCACUCCAAGUAGAAUUUCCCAAACACUUCAAUUUAAACACACUGGAUUAGAUAGAACAAUAAAAUAAGAUUUUAAAUGAGUACGAGUAAUGAGACAUAAGUCAGAAAUGGUUACAAGAAAAAUAGAGAUAAAAUGUUUACUGAUGCCUUACUUAAGAAGCUACAUUAGAUUCAAAGUAGUCUUCUCACCACAUGCUUCAGCAGUCUCACUGACCAAACUGCUUAGGUCAGGACCCCUUCUCCCAAGAAUCCAACCAAUGCUUCCUUUGUCUUGUUGCUUCAGGUGUGGUGAAUGUGAUGGGCAAGGAGAGGGGGUGGAGGUGUCUUGGGGUGUUUAUUCCUUGUUUUUAUAAUAUCAGUGUCUCUCUUGGAAAAUAUUUCCAGCUGAGAUCCCGGAGACAAAAAGUCUGACGAGAUCUUACGUUUUGUCCUGCAACUUGGUGAAAUGUACUGUAA